AUGAAAUUAUUAAUUGUGUUGACAGUACUCAGCUGCAUAGCUACUUUGAAGGCUCAACCUUUUAUGGGGUCCCUUGGAGCUGACUUAGGAGCUAAUAUUGGUGCAGAGAUAGGAGCUGGUGUAUCCAACAUUAUACGGUCCAGUAUGAAUAUGGCUCUAAAUGGUGUCGGUGCCAUGAACACAGGUCUUCUAGAUGCAGAAGAUGGUGUUGGGUAUGGGAUUAAUGGUGGGUUGGAAAAUGGUUUAGGGUUUGGGAUGGGACGAAGUGGGUUAGGAAUGGGUGUGGAUGAUUAUGACGCGGGCCUUGAAGAUGGUGAUAUUAUAUAA